AUGAACUCGAAGUCAAUUGAACUCGCAGCAAGGAAGUGGAAGCGAGUUGAGGAGUCGUGGAAAGUCACCCAAUGCCCGAGGUCCUCCCUCGGAGUGGACAAAGAUGAGCAACUAUUCAACCGGGUUGAGUCCGAGUCGACAAUGAAAGUCGGGGCUUGUGGUGUUCGGCUAGGCGAAAGGACAUUUGUGUCGGGAUCGGCUUAUGAAUGUGGAGCACAAGGGUUCUUUGUUGUGGAUGCAUAA